UAUCUGACAAUCAGAUUCAACGUUUCAAAUAUUUACAACCAUAAAUAUUUAUGUUACAGUUAUAAAUUAUCUUUGCAGUCUUAGCAUUAUUCAGGCAUUUAAUUGUAGGUUUUUACUUUAAGAAGUUCAUUUCUCAUUAAAAAUAGUUCAAAUAAUAGAUUUCAAAAAUGAAGGAAAGAGUAAAAUCGUCAAAAAUAUUUUAUAUUAAUGAUUUUUAUAAUACAAAAAAACUGGAUCAUUCUAAACAACUUCCACCAAUAAAUGUAAUAGGCAUGAGUAAAAUUCAAGCUAAAACGCUGUAUCAAAGAUAUUUUAUAGAUUUUGCAAGUUCGUCGAGUAUUCAUGGCUUUAAUCAUAUGACAGCACCUCGACGACAUCUUGUUGAAAGAUUUCUGGCUGCGAUGUUCAUUAUUGGAGCGUUUAUAAGCUUGAUAUUCUUAUCAUUAACAUUCUGGCAACGCUACCAAGAUUUUUCUACUGUUAUUGUACUAGAUCAUGAAUAUCGACGAUUUACAAUAACUAAACCAGCUAUAGUAGUUUGUCCACUCGUUCCCAUAGAUGAUGGAAAAUUUCCAGAUGUUUUUAAAAAAUACGGCUUAAAAGACACAGACGACAAUCGGUACUUUUUCCAUUUUAUUUCUAAUGCAACGUAUUUUGACUUCAAAGAAACACCCAAAUUUACGAAUGCUGAUCCUACAAAGUGGUUAUCAAUUUUAAAUGAUCUCAAACCUCAUGUUAGCUAUUUUAGUUCCAAUGGAUAUCGGCCUACAUGGAUUGUCACUGAACGAGGUUUUUGUAUGGCGUUUAAUAAUCACGCCAGUUUAUACUCUACUAUAGAAUAUUGGAAAAGUGAUAACUGGACGAUUGAACCUGUAUCUAAAGUUCCAUUUUAUAAUUAUCAAAAUCGAGAAGUAUAUGACACCGUAAAAGUAAUAUCUCACGACGUUACGUUCAGCAUUAACCACCCUAGUGAUGUGAUAACUUUUAAUAAUAAAUUUUACCAAUCAACGCGACGAAUUGUGUCACAAUUAUCACUCUUCGUCAGUGAGAUAAGUAGUUCCGAACAAGUGAGAGAACUAUCAUUAACACAACGAAAAUGCAUGUUUUCCUAUGAAGGAAGACUAAAAAUGUGGCCAAUUUACACUAAAUCAAUGUGUUCUCUUGAAUGCAGAUUCAAUAUGAUAUUAAAAAUAUGCAAUUGUUAUCCGCAUUUUGCUAGACCUAUCCGCGGGAUACCAAUAUGUAAUUUUGAGCAGCUUCAGUGUAUUGGUAAUAAUCAAGAUAAAAUUGUUUUAUUAAAUGAAAUCGACUUGAAAAAAUGUGGCUGCUAUGGAGAUUGUGACACAACACAUUAUGUUGCAGAAUCAUUAUCAACGAUCGAACUAAAAAAAGGAUCACCAUUAGAAACAGUCAUAACGGCUCCAAUUAUCUUUCCUAUGGAUAAAUAUAAACGCGAACAACUAUUUGGGUAUAAUGAUUUCUUAGCUUCCGUUGGAGGAGCAGCAGGACUUUUUUUAGGAGCGAGCGUCAUAUCCUUCGUGGAAAUUUUAUACUUCGCUACGUUACGUUUAUGUUGGUACAAAAAGAAAUUUAAUGGAAAAAAUAAAAAAUAGUUCGCUCAGAUGGUUUGUAUGAAAUGAAAUCAGUCAAUCGUUCAAAAAAUAGUUUUUAUUAUUUCUGAU